CCACUUUUACCGGUCAAUCUCCUCACUCACCUCGGUCUGACAUUUCUCGUCCCUCAUUUCAAUUUCUAGCUUCAGUUUGUUUGUCUUCGAAAUAAAUAAAAAAAUAAAAAAGAAAUCAGACAAGCAUCUUCGAGUCUUAAAUAGAUCCACCAUUAUGUUUGGGUAACCAGUAAGGCCAAGUUCAGAACUGGGUUUAUGGAAAUAAAGAAGGUGAAUUUACAAUAUUCUGAACUUUUAAUUAGCGUGUAGAUCUAAGAUGGAUGACGGCAGGCAACAUGAAAGUGGGAGAUAUAAGCCAGAUUAUUACAAAGGGGCACAUACACAGGCAUGGAAUGUGACGCCCCGUCAUCAAUUGAAGGAACCACCAAGUAAUGCCUUGAUCAUGAAUAAGAAGAUCAUGGCCAUUCUGGCAGAGAGGGAUGCUGCUAUACAGGAGCGGAAUUUAGCACUAUCAGAAAAGAGGGAAGCCUUAGUUGCUCAAGAUCAGGCACUUAAGGAGCGAGACAAAGCCCUUGCUGAGCGUGAUGAUGCCCUGAUAGCCCGUGACAAUGCCUUAGCCACAUUACAAUACUGGGAAACAUCUGUUAACUAUCCAGUGGGUGGUGGGGUUCAACGUGGAGGAAAGCGUAUGCACCACCCGACAUACCAUCCAAGUGAUGUAACAGAAUCCCUUAAUUCAGGGGAUGUGCACAUAACUGACGCCUUCCCCCUAUCAGUCAUUUCUUCUGAAACAGCCAAGCCACAUCAAACAAAAUGGAUGAAAGAGAACAAAUCAGUUAUGUCAAAGGCAUCUGCUUCACCAAGAAAGGUGAAGAAGGUGGGUGAGGAUUUGAAUAAGAAAGCUGCUCCUGAAGGGAAGAAGGUAAAGUCUAACUGGGAAAAUCAAGAUACAGGGUUGAAACUGAUCAACUUUGAUGAAUCAAUAAUGCCUGUGCCAGUUUGCUCAUGUACCGGCAGUCCCCAUCAAUGUUACAAAUGGGGAAACGGUGGCUGGCAGUCAUCUUGUUGCACAACCACCUUGUCAUCAUAUCCACUGCCACAGAUGCCAAACAAGCGGCAUGCCCGUGUGGGAGGCCGAAAGAUGAGUGGUAGCGUCUUUAUGAAAUUACUAAGCCGACUGGCAGCUGAAGGUCAUGAUCCGUCAGUACCACUCGAUCUCAAGAACUAUUGGGCCAAACAUGGGACCAAUCGAUACAUUACCAUCAAGUAAUGUGCAAAUGAUCCAUUUAACAGAGUAUGUUUCCUUUGCUGUAUGCUUGAAAUUUUUAACUGGUAUUUUAAUUGGCAAAUGUGCUGUAUAGCUUUAAAGCAAUUGGUAGCUUAUUGAUCAAAAGCUGUUUACCUUUGCUUCUCUUUUAGGCCAUUGUAGUCUUUCUCCAGACCUUCAUCCUAAUGGAAGGGAAUUUUUGUAAACUACUGUUGUUCUUUAAUAGAUUAUGUGGCCUAGGUUGUAAUUGCCAUGCCA